UGCGCAUGCGCGUUGAUGGCGAAUCCUUUAAAGGACGAAAGUAUUUUUUAUUUAUCGGUUACCUUAAGAAAUAGUUGCUAAAAAGUCCUUUGUUAGUGAAGAAAAAAAUAGUAAAUAUGAUUAUAUUUGAAGAUAAAUAACUUGCAGUUUGAUAGUCAGUAAUGCCGGGUUUAGAAGAAAGUCUUUGGCUGAACAGAAAUACACUUGAUUACGGCCUGAUGACCGAUGGUGUCGCCUCUGAGCAAGUGAAAAAGUUUUUUUUCACGUCGCGAAAAGCAGGAGAAGAUGGUGAAGAAGAUCAGUAUGAUGAAUCAUUAGAGGUCUUUAUUCCGGAGCUUCUUCAGGCAAGUUACAAUUUUUAUACUUGGCCCUCAGCACCAGUGUUGGCUUGGUUUCUUUGGGAGAAUCGAAAGGAUUUGAAAGGCAAGAGGGUAUUGGAGCUUGGAUCAGGAACGGCAUUGCCGGGAAUUGUUGCCAGUAAGUGUGGGGCAAAUGUAACAUUGAGUGACGCUGCAAAUCUUCCAAAAAGUUUACAACACAUUCGACGUAGUUGUGAAUUGAAUGGUGUAUCGUCACAGGUGAAAAUUGUUGGUAUCACUUGGGGUCUGUUCUUGUCCAGUCUCUUCACACUUGGUCCACUUGAUCUUAUUUUGGGAUCCGAUUGUUUCUACGAGCCAUCGGUUUUCGAAGAUAUCGUCGUGACUGUUUCAUUUUUGCUCGAGAGAAAUCCAACAGCUAAAUUUUUGUGCACAUAUCAAGAGCGCAGUGCCGACUGGUCGAUUGAGCAUCUCUUGAGCAAGUGGGGUUUAACUUGCUCUCAAAUACCACUGACUGAAUUGGCUGCCGAUGCCGAUAUAAGUAUUCACGAAUUAAUGCAAGAUCAUACAAUUCAAUUAUUGGAUAUUCGAAAAGUUUCUUGAAUUAAUCAACGA